UCCAGGGACACUGGAGACUAUCAGUGUGUGGCAGAGAAUGAACAUGGAGCAGUGGAGAGGUUCAUAACCAUCAAUGUGGAACAUCCCCCACAGGAGACGAUGGUGUCCAUCAGCAGAUCCUCAGGUGGGAUAAGAGAGGGAAGCAAUAUCACAUUAACCUGCUCCAGUGAAAGUGUCCCACCGAUAUAUCAUUACACCUGGUUCAGGAUCGAGGGGAACACCAGCACCCAGUUAAACACAAGUAGCCGCUCUCUCUCCUUCACUCCUGUAACACGGGAGAAUGAUGCAGGUUUCUACUGCACAGCGAGGAACCCAAUGGGUAACAGCACCUCCAACAUCACCCACCUGAACGUACAAUAUAAGCCGGAGAUUUCCCAGCAGUCAGAGUGCACUCGGAGGUCAGAGGGGGUCACCUGCGUCUGUGUGGCCAACUCCAACCCACCCGGAGACCUCACCUGGCACCUGCCCAGUGCCAACAUCAGUGGUAACCAAACACACGGAGGUUUUGUGUCCUGGCAGGUCAGAGAUGGGCAUCUGGUGACUGGUUCCCUCACCCUGAUGAGACCCCAAGAUGAGGGGGGAGUGAUGGCAUCCUGCUCGGUUCAAAACCCACACGGGGAAGCCAUGUUCAAGGUGUAUCUGUGGGUCAAAGGUAGAGACUCCAGUAAAUGGACAGUAGGAUUGCUCACGGCUGGGAUCAUGUUGAGUGUUUUACUGGCUGAAAUCUUCAUCUUCAUCUGUGUGAGAAAGAGAAAGACAGCGAUGGAGGAGAGAGUUUUAGGGACUAGUGACAUCGCAUUGACCCCCAGUUCACUCUCUGUGAAGCACCAGCGUAAACAGAACGUGCUGAUUACUGAGCCCCAGGACACAACCAGAGACACAACUAGUGAGGGGGAGACCCCAGCUCCCCGGGAUCUCUCUGAAGGUCCAGUGGGAGGCGAUGCUGGACAUGGGAACUCCGACAAACCAGACGAGCUUCUCUACGCCACCAUCAACUUUUCAAAGCUGCCCAGCGAUGAGGAACUGAAGAUGGGAGAGGUCGGUCUGAUGUUGAUCUUCAUCAGCUUGCUGCAAGCACUGCACGGAGCUUGGUUUAAAUAUUGGUAUAGAUGGAAAUAUACCAUCGCAUACACCAAAGAUCCCAAUUAUGCGAUGGCCACAUUCGUGGGACGUGCUAAAAUAAUCGGCGAUUUGGAAAGGAAGAAUUGUUCGUUGAGGAUUGACAGUCUCAGAGCUGAAGACAGUGAUGUGUAUUACUUUUACGUGGAUGCGGAGGGCUACAUAGAUCACACUUUUACAGAACCAGUCCAACUCCAGAUUCUUGAUGUUCCAGAUAAGCCAGUUAUCGUGCUCCUGAAGGAUUUACAGGAGGGGACUCCUGCACAUAUCAUCUGUAAAUGCCUCUACACCUGCCCUGAUAACCACCCCAAUCUAACCUGGAGUGAAUUGCUGACUUCCUCGGUCAGCACCAUCACAGAGAAUGGUGGUGAUGUUUCCGCUCUACUGACCUUUAACCCUUCGUUCAAGCAUCAUGGACGAACUCUCCGCUGUACGUGUGACUACCCUCAAACCAGCCAUCGAGUGAUCAACUCAGUUACUCUGAGUGUAAAGUAUUCUCCUCACAACACGUCUGUCAGGAUGACACUGGAAAAAGGAAAGGUGAUUUCUCUAAGUUGUUCUAGUGACGGGAAUCCAGCAGUCCACAAUUUCACCUGGUUUAAGAUCUCCCAAGGAAAGGUGACGAAUCUGGCGCUCGCUGGUCAAACUAUUACAGUUCCUUAUGGAUUCGAUGAGGAAAUCUCCUACUACUGUGAAGCAACAAGUAUCCUGGGCAGUUCCCAGUCUCUGCCCAUUAGAAUUCCCACUGAAUACACACCACAGAAUGUCUCAAUUACUUCUCUUGAUAUGAUUAACGCUUCAUCGAUCAAUAUAAUUGAGGGGAAUUCUGCAGUGAUAAUCUGCUCUGUCGAGAGCUUCCCAGCUUCUAACCUGACGUGGCAACAUCUUAAUGUCCCAAUGAACAGAACCAGUUCCAACAAUGAGCUGUGGUUGGUGAUUCCUCACAUUACAUCCAGGGACACUGGAGACUAUCAGUGUGUGGCAGAGAAUGAACAUGGAGCAGUGGAGGGGUUCAUAACCAUCACUGUGGAACGGCGAGAUUCCAAUGAAUGGAAAGCAGGAUUGCUUGGAGCUGGAAUCUGUUUGAGUGUUGGACUGAGUGGAUUCUUCAUCUUCAAGUGUGUGAGAAAAGGGAGCAGCACAGGAAGAGGUCAUUCAGCCCAAGCAGAGCGUAUGGGCAGUUCCCCCCCAGGUGAGCUUUCGGACAGGUCCUGGAAGAGAGGCGAGGGGAAAGCAGGAAUCAAAUCGAACCAUCGUGUUGAUGAAUAUCCAGGUCCUGUUUAUGAAAACUGUGAGCGUGGUUGGGCUUUGAGGAAUCAGAAGAAAGAUGAGAAGUAUCUGGAAAUGAAAUCUAACCGCGGAGUCAAUCCUGAUACAGAUGAUGAUCUUUACGCAAACUGUGAUUUUGCCGAGGAUUCUGUUUAUGGGAUUGGACUGUCACAAGAGUGGAAAGGUGACACUCCACGAGAGGUGACAGUGCAGGAAGGUUCGUGUGUACAGAUUCCAUGUAAUUACAGUUAUCCAGCACAUUUAGUAGGGAGAGAACGUGUCGGAAUCUGGUAUGUGAAAUGGUACACAUGGAAUACAUGGAAUACACGGUCUAGAGGGACCAUAGCCUUUCACUCCAAGGAUCACAGUCACGAGUUACCACGGUUCCACCAUCGGACCCGGCUGUCUGGAGACCUGAAAGAUGGCGACUGUUCCCUGAUUAUAAACAACAUCAGACGGGAAGAUGCAGGAUAUUAUUAUUUCAGAAUAGAAUUUGACAAUGGUCCGAACCAUAAUUAUUACCCUGUAACCCAGCUUCACGUUUCUGAUCCCCCACAGGAGAUGAUGGUGUCCAUCAGCAGAUCCUCAGGUGGGAUAAGAGAGGGAAGCAAUAUCACAUUAACCUGCUCCAGUGAAAGUGUCCCACCGAUAUCUCAUUACACCUGGUUCAGGAUCGAGGGGAACACCAGCACCCAGUUAAACACAAGUAGCCGCUCUCUCUCCUUCACUCCUGUAACACGGGAGAAUGAUGCAGGUUUCUACUGCACAGCGAGGAACCCAGUGGGUAACAGCACCUCCAACAUCACCCACCUGAACGUACAAUAUAAGCCGGAGAUUUCCCAGAAGUCGGAGUGCACUCGGAGGUCAGAGGGGGUCACCUGCGUCUGUGUGGCCAACUCCAACCCACCCGGAGACCUCACCUGGCACCUGCCCAGUGCCAACAUCAGUGGUAAACAAACACACGGAGGUUUUGUGUCCUGGCAGGUCAGAGAUGGGCAUCUGGUGACUGGUUCCCUCACCCUGAUGAGACCCCGGGAUGAGGAGGGAGUGAUGGCAUCCUGCUCGGUUCAAAACCCACAUGGGGAAGCCAUGUUCAAGGUGUAUCUGUGGGUCAAAUGUAGAGACUCCAGUAAAUGGACAGUAGGAUUGCUCACGGCUGGGAUCAUGUUGAGUGUUUUACUGGCUGGAAUCUUCAUCUUCAUCUGUGUGAGAAAGAGAAAGACAGUGAUGGAGGAGAGAGUUUCAGGGACCAGAGACAUUGCAUUGACCCCCAGUCCACUCUCUGUGAAGCACCAGGGUAAACAGAACGUGCUGAUUACUGAGCCCCGGAACACAAAAAGAGACACAACUGGCGAGGGGGAGACCCCAGCUCCCCGGGGUCUCUCUGAAGGUGCAGUGGGAGGCGAUGCUGGACAUGGGAUCCCCGACAAACCUGAAGAGUUUCUCUACGCCAAUCCCCAAGUCUUGAGGGUGUCCAGUGGUGAUGGGUCUGUCUACAGGGAAGAGGAGACUGAAUACGCACAGAUCAGGAGAAGGACAGCGAUGGUGGAGAGAUUUUCAGGGACUAGUGACAUUGCAUUGACCUCCAGUCCACUCUCUGUGAAGCACCAGGGUAAACAGAACGUGCUGAUUACUGAGCCCCGGAACACAACCAGAGACACAACUAGUGAGGGGGAGACCCCAGCUCCCCGGGAUCUCUCUGAAGGUCCAAUGGGAGGCGAUGCUGGACAUGGGAACCCCGACAAUCCUGACGAGCUUCUCUACGCCAAUCCCCAAGUCUUGAGGGUGUCCAGUGGUGAUGGAUGGAUCAGCACAGGAAGAAGUCAUUCAGCCCAAGCAGAGCGUGUGGGCAGUUCCUCCCCAGGCGAGCAGUCGGACAGGUCCUGGAGGGAGCAGCACAGGAAGAGGUCAUUCAGCCCAAGCAGAGCGUGUGGGCAGUUCCUCCCCAGGCGAGCAGUCGGACAGGUCCUGGUUGGACUGUCACAAGAGUGGAAAGGUGACACUCCACGAGAGGUGACAGCGCAGGAAGGUUCCUGUGAACAGAUUCCAUGUCAUUACAGUUAUCCAUCACAUUUGGAAAACCAACCGCGAAGUGGAGUCUGGUUUAAUAAUGAGGAACGAGGAACAUCGUCUAUAGCCUUUCAUUCCAAGGAUCACAGUCACGAGUUACCAUGGUUCCACCAUCGGACCCGGCUGUCUGGAGACCUGAAAGAUGGUGACUGUUCCCUGAUUAUAAACAACAUCACACGGGAAGAUGCAGGACCUUAUUUUUUCAGCAUUGCAUUUGACAAUGGUCCGAGCCAUAACUAUUACCCUGUAACCCAGCUUCACGUUUCUGAUUUCACAGAUAAACCCACGAUAUUUCCUGCUGAAAUUAUUGCAGGAAAGCGUGUGGAUGUAAGCUGCACCUUCAACACAACGUGCAAUGGAACAGCAGCACCUGUCUUAACCUGGGACACUCCCACUGACGUACCUGGAUCAGUCUCAAACACUGUAACUCAGCAUGGUGUCACUCUGACCUAUACUUCUCUUCUGACCCUGAUCCCAUCACUCAACCACCAUGGACACACUCUCAGCUGCAGAGUGAGAUAUCCAUCUGUUUCUUCGGAGCGGACCCUCGUACUAACUGUGCAAUAUGCACCACAGAAUCUCUCAAUUACUUCUCUUGAUACAAUUAACGCUUCAUCGAUCAUUAUAAUUGAGGGGAAUUCUGCAGUGAUAAUCUGCUCUGUCGAGAGCUUCCCAGCUUCUAACCUGACGUGGCGACAUCUUAAUAUCCCAAUGAACAGGACAAGUUCCAACAAUGAGCUGUGGUUGGUGAUUCCUCACGUUACAUCCAGGGACACUGGAGACUAUCAGUGUGUGGCAGAGAAUGAACAUGGAGCAGUGGAGGGGUUCAUAACCAUCACUGUGGAAUAUGCACCACGGAAUCUCUCAAUUAGUUCUCUUGAUAUGAUUAACGCUUCAUCUUUCAAUAUAAUUGAGGGGAAUUCUGCAGUGAUAAUCUGCUCUGUCGAGAGCUUCCCAGCUUCGAACCUGACGUGGCAACAUCUUAAUGUCCCAAUGAACAAAACAAGUUCCAACAAUGAGCUGUGGUUGGUGAUUCCUCACGUUACAUCCACGGACACUGGAGACUAUCAGUGUGUGGCAGAGAAUGAACAUGGAGCAGUGGAGGGAUUCAUAACCAUCACUGUGGAACAUGCACCACAGAAUCUCUCAUUUACUUCGCUUAAUAUGAUUAACGCUUCAUCGAUAAAUAUAAUUGAGGGGAAUUCUACAGUGAUAAUCUGCUCUGUCCAGAGUUUCCCAGCUUCUAACCUGACGUGGCGACAUCUUAAUGUCCCAAUGAACAGAACAAGUUCCAACAAUGAGCUGUGGUUGGUGAUUCCUCACGUUACAUCUAGGGACACUGGAGACUAUCAGUGUGUGGCAGAGAAUGAACAUGGAGCAGUGGAGGGGUUCAUAACCAUCACUGUGGAACGGCGAGAUUCCAAUGAAUGGAAAGCAGGAUUGCUUGGAGCUGGAAUCUGUUUGAGUGUUGGACUUUGUGGAUUCUUCAUCUUCAAGUGUGUGAGAAAAGGGAGCAGCACAGGAAGAGGUCAUUCAGCCCAAGCAGAGCGUGUGGGCAGUUCCUCCCCAGGCGAGCAGUCGGACAGGUCCUGGAAGAGAGGCGAGGGGAAAGCAGGAAUCAAAUCGAACCAUCGUGUUGAUGAAUAUCCAGGUCCUGUUUAUGAAAACUGUGAGCGUGGUUGGGCUUUGAGGAAUCAGAAGAAAGAUGAGAAGUAUCUGGAAAUGAAAUCUAACCGCGGAGUCAAUCCUGAUACAGAUGAUGAUCUUUACGCAAACUGUGAUUUUGCCGAGGAUUCUGUUUAUGGGAAUUUAUAAACUGAGCAAGAAUGAGACACACACAGUGUGGGGAGAAUACAGAACGGGAGAAUCAUUCAAAACUCCAAUUUACCUUCCUAAUAUCCACAGGAACUCACUCCCAGGAAAUAGAUUUAAACCUCUUGUUACAAUCUGAUGGAAUUUCUUCGGAAUGAUCUAUCCAGGAUGGUUGUCUGUGGGUUUCAAUUUGAACAUCCUCCUUCAAAAUUGUCCCUCACUGUUGGAAACAUCCUUCUCUCCAUUCUGAUUGUAAAUGUCUUUAGAUAUCGUUCGAUGAUGUACCAGGACAGGACGGACAAAUUCAAUCCCGUGUCCGUGAUGAUGAGUUAAUUUUCAUUCUGUUAUUCACCUUCCUGUCUGUCAGUGUUUACAGAAUAUUCAUCAGCCAGUGUAGACUUCAGGAAAUGCAGGAUCGGUGGAUAAUUGCAGCAGAGGAGAUCGGGAUAACUUACUCACCAUUUUACAGUCAAAUGUAUUUUCAGAUAUAUAUUUGGAUUUUACACUUCAUCGUUAAACAGCGAAACGAACAACAAUCUGGGAAACAGGGAAACAAUUUGAUUGGAGAUUUGAGAAAUUCCCUGCAGUUUGGAGGAUAACAGAUGUGCUACAGUGCCACCACUGGUGGGAGGACAUCAUUUCAGCGUGACAUGUUUACAUUGAUGUUGCCAAUGAACAUAGGAAAUUAUGAUGUGAAAAAUUGGUUGCAGGUUUACCUUCUUCAGUAUGUCAUGGAUGGAUGAGACAGCUUUGAUAACGGAAUGAGAUAUAACUGCAAUAAACCACCAUUUUAGUC